GCUCGUCUACGACUUUUGCUUAAUUGUGAGAGGUUGGCAGGAGCUUCUUCUCCAAGUGGAGUGUUCCAAGAAGCUGUGAUGCAAGGAUCCACAGGCAUUACCCUUGUCUCAGAUCAGCCACAAACCGACUUUGCGAGAGGUACACAAGAAGAGGCUCUAAACACGCAGGAACCCGAAGGAGUGGCCCAGGGGAUAGCCGUAGCACGUACACCUGUCAGCCCAAAUAUGCCACAAGGUGUAGUUACAAGGGAUGUACGAGAGGGCCUUCCAUCAGUGGUACGGGAACUUCCAGGAGUGGUACAAGGAGUCCCGUUAGUAGAUCCUGUCCCCUCAAGUCAACCACAAAUAGUGACCACAUCUGAGUCUACCCAAGAAGUGUUGAAUAUGAUUGCGUCAAAGUACUUACAGAAACUUGACCCAUCAACACCUGAAGAGUUUAAUGGUUUUAGAGAGUACAUGGAAAAGGUACGUGAAGUGAUUAUUGUUGAUGUUAAAACAGGAAGCUUGAUUAUCACUGUUGAAUGCAGUUCUCUUCAAAUCCUUGACGAACUGUGGAUAGACUAUAAAACAGGUCGUCUUAAUGAAAUGGCGCAGAAAUACCUUGUGACAGAAGACGUUCUUAAAGCGUUUGGGCUAACAGAGCUGAAACUGAAGACAACGAUCGUGGAGGAGGAGUACAGAGCUUGUCGCGAGGUUUUCUUAACGAGUUUGGGUAAGUACUCUGGUACUUAA